AUGAAAAACCAAACCUUUCCAACAGAAUUCAUUCUUCUGGGACUAACAGACAUCCCAGAAAUUCAACUUGUCAUCUUUAUACUUCUCUUCCUGACCUACAUAUUUAGUAUUAUUGGAAACCUGACCAUCAUCACCCUCACACUACUGGACUCCCACCUCCAGACUCCCAUGUAUUUCUUCCUCCGGAAUUUCUCCUUUUUAGAAAUUUCCUUCACAACCACUUUUACUCCUAGGCUACUGUUCAGCAUCUCAACUGGGAAGAAGAGCAUCAGCUUUGCUGGUUGCCUCACUCAGUAUUUCUUUGCCAUAUUGUUCGGGGCCACAGAGUUUUACUUUCUGGCUGCCAUGGCUUAUGACCGCUAUGUGGCCAUAUGUAAACCCCUGCAUUACACAACCAUCAUGAGCAGCAGGGUUUGCACCCAGCUGGUUCUCUGCUCCUGGCUAGGUGGUUUCCUGAUCAUCAUAUCCCCAAUCAUCCUGACCAGUCAGCUGGAUUUCUGUGCCUCCAACAUACUCAAUCAUUAUUAUUGUGACUAUGGACCCCUCAUAGAGAUAUCGUGCUCAGACACAACACUCCUGGAGCUGGUUGACUUUAUUUUAGCAUUUGUGACCGUGGUGGUCACUCUGGUGCUGGUGAGUAUCUCCUAUACAAACAUCAUCUGGACCAUCCUGAAGAUCCCCUCUGCCCAGCAAAGGAAAAAGGCCUUUUCCACGUGCUCUUCCCACAUGAUUGUCAUCUCCCUCUCUUAUGGCAGCUGCAUCUUCAUGUACAUAAAACCCUCAGCAAAAGAGGGAAUUGCCUUCAAUAAGGGAGUCGCUCUGCUCAAUACCUCAGUAGCCCCUUUGUUGAACCCAUUCAUUUACACUCUAAGAAAUAAACAAGUAAAACAAGCUUUCAAGGAUAUGAACAAAAAGAUUAGUAUAUUUUUUAAAAAAUAA